AUGUAUGUAUGUAUUGGCCUGAGAGCAGCAGUAGAGACGAAGUGUGCGUUGAGCGGCGUGUCCCGGUCCUGCACGCACCGCAUCAAACUUGGAGACAGAGAGAGUUACUACCACAUCUCUCCCUCUAGCAGGGCACGGAUAACAGCGGUGUGUGAUUUCUUCACCUAUAUCCGCUACAUACAGCAGGGCCUGGUCAGACAUGAUGCGGAACAGAUGUUCUGGGAAGUGACGCGUCUACGGAGGGAGAUGACUGGCCAAGCUGGGCUUCUACCUCACAGACACAGACCAGGGAUAGAGGACAGACAAGAGGAGACAUCACCGUUAGCCCUGGGUCAUGUUCAUUAGGGCACACCGUAGCAACUAAAAAAGAAACGUUGUGCU